AUGGCCGGUUUGCUCGCCUCGGUCGUCAAGUAUGCGUCGGUCUCAGUAGCCAUCUCGGUCGCAUUGUACGCGGCCCUGCUCGGCCUGCUCACGACCGCCAGCUUCCAGUCGCAUGUGGUUUAUUUACAUUCUAUCCAGAUGACCUGGUUUAAGGAUCUGAAUGUGCCAGAAACAUUUGGCUUUCUUCGCAACCAAGUCACACCGUUCUCUCUCCGAACGGCCGACGGCGAGCGGCUGUACGCGUGGCAUGUCUUGCCGAUUGAGCUCUAUCGCAAACAUGAGCUCGAACUGGUCGCGGAGCCGGUGGGCUUUGUCCCCGAUAUCACCUCCCGCCACGCCUUCCGACUACUGCGUGAUGAUCCCGAUGCUCGACUGGUAAUUCACAUGCAUGGAGCCGGGGGCACCGUGGGUUCAGGCUAUCGGGUGCCCAACUACCGCGCGCUGUCCGCCGGGCAGCCAGGGAAAAUCCACGUUCUUACGUUUGACUACCGCGGCUUUGGACGCAGCACGGGAAUCCCCUCGGAAAGCGGGCUGAUCCUGGAUGCAAUGACGGUGCUUGACUGGGCCAUGAACGUGGCGGGGAUCCCGCCCUCGCGGAUCCUGAUCUUCGGGCAGUCGAUGGGGACUGCCGUGAGCGUGGCCGUCGCCAACCAUCUGGCAUUGCAGUUCCCCCCUGUCACCCUCGCGGGGAUAGUUCUGGUUGCCCCCUUUGUCGAUGUGCCCACUCUCGUUUCCACGUACCGCGUUGCCGGAACGAUUCCCAUCCUGUCGCCGCUGGCUAGGUUUCCGCUGCUGUUCAAUUAUCUGCAUCGCUUUAUCCGCGACAAGUGGUUGACCAAAGACCGGAUCGCCCAGUAUGUGCGAGCCCAUGAAGCGAAUGCCGAAAAGUAUCGCCUCACCAUCAUCCAUGCCGAAGACGACUACGACAUCCCCUGGCACCAUACGCCAAUGGUCUUCUGGCACGCGGUGAAUGCAUCUGUACCCGCGGGGAUCAGCUACGAGGACCUGGAGAUGAGGAAGCUCGAGUCCAAGAUUGAUCUUGGUGCGGCCGGGUCUGUCAUGGAAUGGCGUACCGACCAUGGUGUCAUCCGCGAGGAGAUUCUCAAGACAGGCCUACAUGAUGUAGUAAUGGGUUACCCCAUCGUUACCAUGGCAGUCAUGCGGUCGUUCGAAUCGACGGACCCAUUCUUUACCAGCUGA